ACAUUUGACUGCCGAGUGUUGACCAUUGACCCCGAAGUAGACAAUCCUUUUUCCCCGGGGUUGGUUCGACCAAUCCCAGGCUAACCCUGGUUUGGUUAUGUCACCAUUGUUUAUUUAUUUAUUUACUUACUACCAUAACCAUUGGCUGAUCUGAUCCCUGAUGUGCGCUGUGACGACGACGAGCCCGGACCAAAUCUAACGGUGAACGGUCGCGCUCGUGCGUCGGAUCCCCUUACAAAAUCAGCUAUAGGAGCAACGACCGGAGGUCUCGUGUUCGAUUGAUAAAACAAUUCAGAUUCGAAGAGAUAAAUGGCAUCUUCUGCAGACUCAUGGGUCAGAGAAUAUAAUGAAGCCGUAAAACUUGCUGAUGAUAUAAAUGGCAUGAUGUCCGAAAGGAGUUCCCUGCCUGCAUCAGGACCUGAAGCACAACGGCAUGCAUCUGCCAUAAGGAGAAAAAUUACAAUAUUGGGAACUAGACUCGAUAGCUUGCAAUCCCUCGUAUCAAAGCUUCCCAGCAAGCAGCUUUUAACAGAGAAAGAGAUGAACCGCCGCAGGGAUAUGCUUUCAAAUUUGAGAUCGAAAGUAAACCAGAUGGCGUCCGCAUUGAACAUGUCAAACUUUGCCAACAGAGACAGCUUGCUUGGACCAGAAAUCAAGCCAGCUGAUGCCAUGAGUAGGGCAAGUGGCUUGGAUAACUACGGUGUUGUUGGUCUUCAAAGACAAAUAAUGAAAGAACAAGACGAAGGCCUUGACAAAUUGGAGGAGACAGUGAUAAGUACAAAACAUAUUGCUUUGGCCGUCAAUGAAGAACUUGACCUACACACUAGACUAAUUGAUAACCUGGACCGACAUGUGGAUGUUACCGACUCCCGAUUACAGCGAGUUCAGAAGAACCUGGCAAUUUUGAACAAACGGACCAAAGGUGGUUGCUCCUGCCUGUGCCUCCUCUUAUCUGUUGCUGGAAUUGCGGUGCUGGUUGUCGCAAUAUAUUUGCUGGUCAAAUAUUUGUAAUGCAAUCACAACACAAACGAUCUUUCCUGCUACGUAUUUCUGUCUUGAUAUGGAAAUUGGUUUUUAUCCCUGCUUUGUUAGAACUUAAAGUAAAAUAUUUGAGUUCCUAUAUAUAUGAUUUGUUUUGGUCUUGCACUGUUUCCUUUGUAGCCAAGUCAAAUGUGUACUUGUAUACUAGAAGUUACCGGCAGUUGCUCGAGCACUAAAUUAUCAAUCUUUUCCCAUUUUUUUAAUUAUCAAA